UCUCUCAAUGAAAACCCACUUCAUAUUUAUAUAUAUGAAAUGAUUUUCACUCAUGUUUCAUACCACACAGAAAGAUGAAUGUUAGAGUGACAAGAGCGUCUGCUUCACCCUCUCUUCCCCGCUGCCCUUCCAUCAUCAUCCUCUUCUUGUUGUUGUGGCUAUUCUUGUUAUUUCAGGAAUCAACUGCUCAAAAUGCUACCCUGGACCCAUCUGAAGCUGAAGCAUUGAGCUCAAUAUUCCAACAAUGGGAUACACAGUCGGUGGCAUUGUGGAACAUCAGUGGGGAGCCAUGCACCGGAUCAGCCAUUAACGGCACAGCAUUUGAGAGCGAGGAUAAUAAUCCAGCUAUCACGUGUGAUUGUUCUUACGACAAUGGUACCACCUGCCACAUUACUCAGCUGAGAGUGUAUGCUUUGAACAAAAAAGGAGUAAUUCCAGAGGAACUUGCAACUUUGACUUAUCUUACCUUUUUGAAGAUUGAUCAAAAUUACUUCACAGGUCCCUUGCCUUCAUUUAUCGGAAAUUUAUCUAAAUUAUCGUUAUUAUCAAUUGCCCAUAAUGCAUUUUCUGGGACCAUCCCAAAGGAGCUUGGAAAUCUUACGGAACUAGAAGUGUUGUCUUUGGGUUCAAAUAACUUCUCUGGAAACCUUCCUCCAGAAUUGGGAAAUCUAUCCAAACUUCGUGAACUUUACAUAAAUAGUUGUGGAGCGGGUGGUGAGAUUCCCUCAACAUUUGCUGAACUUCUAAAUCUGCAAGUCAUGCAAGGUUCAGACAGUCCAUUCACAGGAAAAAUACCAAAUUUCAUUGGGAACUUCACAAGACUUACAUCUUUGAGAUUCCAAGGGAACUCUUUUGAAGGUCCAAUACCAUCCAGCUUCUCUAAAUUGAUCUCAUUGAGCUCACUGCGAAUAAGUGACCUAUACAAUGUGAGCUCAUCUCUUGAUUUCAUAAGAGAUUUGAAGAAUUUAACCGACUUAAAUCUAAGAAAUGCAUUGAUCUCUGGUAGUAUUCCAUCUUUCAUUGGAGAAUUCCAGAAGUUACAAAGACUGGAUUUGAGUUUCAACAACUUAACAGGCGAAGUCCCCAGCUCUCUAUUCAACUCGAGUGCUCUUACUGACUUGUUUCUUGGAAACAAUAGCCUCUCUGGAAGUCUUCCAGCCCAAAAAAGUGAAGAACUUGAAAAUAUAGAUUUGUCUUAUAAUCAACUCUCAGGAAGUUUUCCAUCAUGGGUAACCUCAGCCUCAGGUUUGCAGUUGAAUUUAGUGGCAAACAACUUCAUAUUUGGUAGCUCAAACAGCAGUUUUUUCCAAGGAUUGAACUGUCUCCAGAGAAACUUCCCUUGCAAUAGGAAUACUCCACUCUAUGCCAACUUCUCAGUCAACUGUGGUGGCCAAGAGAUGAGAAUUGCUGAUGGCACAGUGUAUGAGGUUGACAACUCCUCUCUUGGUGCAGCAUCGUAUUAUGUAACCAAUACAGAGAAAUGGGCAGUUAGCAAUGUGGGGUUGUUUUCUGAUAGUAGUAAUCCAGCAUAUCUGGAGAACAACUUGAAGCAAGUUGCAGACACUAGCACCCCAGAGCUUUUCCAGACUUCAAGAGUAUCACCGGGGUCACUUAGAUACUAUGGCCUGGGUCUGGAAAACGGUAACUACACUGUAAGUUUGGAAUUUGCAGAAACAAAAUUUGCAUCUCGAAGCACAGAAACUUGGGAGAGUCUGGGAAGGCGUGUGUUUGAUAUUUAUAUUCAGGGAAGUCUUCAGUUGAAGGACUUUGACAUAUCAAAAGAGGCAGGUGGGGUUGACAAGGCUCUUGAGAAAAAAUUCACUGCCACGGUGUCAGAGAACUAUCUCGAAAUUCAUCUGUUUUGGGCUGGUAAGGGAACUUGCUGCAUACCAGUCCAAGGUUAUUACGGGCCAUCCAUUUCAGCCCUGAGUGUUGUUUCUGAUUUCACACCAAGUGUCAGUGGAAUUCCAUCAAUUCCUCCCUCAGAGAAGAACAAUACUGGGUUGAUUGUUGGUGUUGUAGUUGCUGUUGGGUCUGUAAGCUUCAUACUGAUAUGUGCUGUUUUUUACAUGAAAAUGAGAGCAUCAAAUAUCAACGAAGAUGAAGAGCUUCUUGGAAUAGGCCCCAGACCAAACACUUUUACUUAUGCAGAGUUGAGAACUGCAACCGAAGACUUCAAUCCUACAAAUAAGCUUGGGGAGGGUGGAUUUGGACCUGUCUACAAGGGCAAGCUUAAUGAUGAGAGGGCAGUAGCUGUGAAGCAACUUUCAGUAGCAUCUCACCAAGGAAGGAGUCAGUUUAUUACAGAGAUUGCUACCAUAUCUGCAGUGCAACAUCGUAACCUAGUGAAGUUGUAUGGAUGCUGCAUUGAAGGAGACAAACGACUUUUGGUUUAUGAAUAUCUUGAAAACAAGAGCCUUGAUCAGGCUCUUUUUGGGAAAAAUGAUUUGCAUCUUGAUUGGGCGACCCGCUUCAAUGUAUGCAUGGGAACAGCUAGGGGUUUAGCUUAUCUUCACGAAGAAUCAAGGCCAAGGAUCGUACAUAGGGAUGUUAAGGCUAGUAAUAUUCUCCUUGAUGCAGAACUUUGCCCCAAGAUAUCAGAUUUUGGAUUGGCAAAGCUGUAUGAUGACAAGAAAACACACAUUAGCACCCGAGUUGCAGGCACUAUCGGCUACCUAGCCCCAGAGUAUGCAAUGCGCGGGCAUCUAACAGAAAAGGCCGAUGUCUUCGGAUUUGGGGUUGUUGCUUUAGAGAUCCUCAGUGGGAGACCAAACUCUGACAACAGCUUGGAGACAGAAAAGAUCUAUCUUCUUGAAUGGGCAUGGACUCUACAUGAAAGUAACCGAGGUUUGGAGUUGGUGGAUCCAACAUUAACCGCAUUUGAUGGAGAUGAAGCCAACCGAAUCAUUGGAGUGGCUCUCUUGUGCACCCAGUCGUCACCAUUGCUGAGGCCAACCAUGUCACGAGCUGUGGCAAUGCUUGCAGGAGACAUUGAAAUAAGCGCAGUUACCGUAAAACCCAGUUAUUUAACAGAUUGGGAUUUCAAAGAUAUUACUAGUGAGCUUCUGGACGAGGGAGAUACUCAAAUAUCUGUUGCUUCUAAGAAUGGCAGUGCCCACGAUCAUGGAAAGUAUUAUAAUGAUGAUGCAAGUAAGCUGGCGCCUUCCCCCAUAAAUUUCACUGAGCCCAAGCUCCAUGAGGUUAUUGGAGAUGGAAGAUGAUCACUUUGUCACCGGACAUAGCCGUGCAUUCACUUUCUCGUCAAGUUUUCACCUUCUAAGCCAUGAGUGAACUUCUUCUCCCCUCAUAUUUUUAGUUCUGGCAGCAGUAUUAUAUGUGUAUUGCUUGGAUACUUUUUUCAUACUUCAAACAUUCGCAGGAUUUUAAUGUACUAAUAAAAAGGAAAUUACAUGUACCGAAUACCAUGUACUUAGACGUUUGUGUACGCCAAUGUUAAAGUAGAUCAAUGAUAGAUAAUAGACAGGGUGGCUCUCAUUUUUCUAUUU